UUCAUGUUUCAAUGAAUGUGACAGUGAAUAUUCCGGUGUUUUUAUGAAAAAUAUAGCAUAUUUUGUAAAAUAAUUAAGUUUUGUAGUGUAGGUAAUUGCAUUAUUUAUAUUAAUGUAGUACUGGCACCAUGAAUUAAAUUAUUAAUCUGUUUUACACUCGCAUUACUACUUGCAAUUGCUACCAUCAAUACCAACACGGUACUUAUAUUCAUUGCUUUAUCAAAGAAAAUGUCAACUGCUGGCUCAAGUGGUUCUGGAAGAGGUAGAGGUGGCUCUCAUGUAGGAGAGCAAUCAAAAGAAACUAAGGACUCCAAACCAAAUCCAAAAAUGUCUAAAGCAUUGGGAACAUCGGCAAAACGUAUACAGAAGGAGUUGGCUGAAAUUACUCUUGAUCCUCCCCCAAAUUGCAGUGCUGGUCCUAAAGGAGAAAACUUUUAUGAAUGGGUUUCUACCAUUUUAGGACCACCUGGUUCAGUUUAUGAGGGGGGUGUUUUUUUCCUUGAUAUACACUUUUCACCAGAAUAUCCCUUUAAACCACCCAAAGUCACAUUUCGUACAAGGAUUUAUCAUUGCAAUAUUAACAGUCAAGGAGUUAUUUGUUUGGAUAUUUUAAAAGACAAUUGGAGCCCAGCUUUGACUAUUUCAAAAGUACUUUUAUCCAUUUGUUCUUUAUUAACGGACUGUAAUCCUGGUAAGUAUGUAUGAGUAUGUAAAGUAUUUAUUCAUUUGUAUAUAUUUUGAAAGUAAUUGAAAGAAUUUAAAGCUGAGUUAUGCCAACUUUUGGUAAUCUAUUCUAUUAAAAUAGUGCCAACUUCAAGUCACAUCUGAAUAUUGUGGAUUUUUUAAAAUUAAAGCAGGUUAUUUAAAUAAUUCUGAAUUGACUGGUGCAAGUUAAAUUAUAUGAGUUUUGAAGAUAUUCAAUUCUAAAUAUAGAGCUUUUGAAACUCAUAUUUUAAACUGCAGAAUACAAGUACCAGAAAGUUUACUCACAUACAUACAUAAAAGAAACUUUUCCUACGAUUGUUAAAAAACUAAAUGGGAAAAAAUUUUAAUUUAUGAUUGCAACACAGUUUCUGAAGUUAGUUAAUAAAUGAUAAAAAAUAUAUCGAUAUAUAAACGCCAUGCAAUCACUCUUGCCUGGAGACAUGUCUUCAACACAUCACUACUAAGGAGCUAAUCAGAAAACGUCAACUCUAAGCAUUUGUUUUUAUCACUUUCUACCCUUUUAAGAUUUUUAAUUUUAAGUUUUUUUGAGAACUGGUGAGUUCGUAGAUCAAUCUAAAUAAAUUUUUUGUCGUAAAAAUUUGUAAUAGCAAUCAGAGUAUAGCACUAUGUAAAGUAGGUUCUAGGGUGUAAAAUAUCAAAAAUAACAGCACAAUGACCUCUACUUUUUCCCGAAACAUUAAAUUAGCAAAGUUAUGAUUUAAAUUAAGAAUUACCUAAGUAGAAAGAGGAGACUGUGGUAAUAUUAAUUAAAAAAUUAAAAGGAAGGCUUAAGUGAACGAAAGACGUGUUCGCUCAAACAAAGUUUUUUCUGGUAAUUAGGGGUGUCUUCCUUUUAAUUUUUUAAGAAUUACCUUUUCUUCAGAAGAUUUUCACGCUUUUCUCAGUAAAAAUGCUAAGACUGAAAUAAUUCAUAUUUUAUUUUAAUGUUUUUGUAAUCCUAAACAUAUUUCAUUGGAACAAAAGGAAAAGAACGAGACAAAAAUUCAAAUUGCAAUGCUUAAAUACUGU